AUGAAACAGGACAACUUCGCCAACCAAGGUGGACAGUUGACAAAGACAAUCGAAUAUCAAUGUGCUCUUGAUCUCCUGGACAAACUUCUCUGUUUCGUGCCAUCCCGUCGAAUCAAAGUCGAGGAUGCACUGGCUCAUCCGUAUCUGGAGCAAUACUAUGACCCUACAGACGAGACUAUUGAUUUGUGUACAUUAUUCAUGCUAACCGAUGCUCCGUCUCUGCUAAUGGGUUCUCUUACGCCCAAGUACGCUGAUCUGGUUGAGUGGAUCGUCAAAUCCGGUGAUUGGGAUUCCGAAUCCACAUGUUAUUAG